GGCCCCGCCGAUGAGCCCCCCGACGGGGACAGCCUGGGCAAGCCCGGCAGGGCACCCCUCGGGGCAGAGCUCUCUGUCGCAGCUGGCGUGGCAGAGGGGCAGAUGGAGAACAUCUUGCAAGAGGCCACUAAAGAUGAUGUCGGUCUGGAGGAGCACUUAAGAGGUAGCCUGGAGGCAGUAGGUAAAGGGGAUGAGAUGGCCCUGGAUAAGGAGAAGAGAACUGAGAAUCUGCGUGGGUAUGUCAGCGACCUCUGUGAAAAGGCUGAGGCAGAUAAAGGUAUUGUGGUGAACAAUCCAGCAUCCAAUCCACAUGCAGUUCCACAAGGUGCUUCUGAGCUUAAAGGACAAGAGGACGAGCAGGCUGAUCUCAGUAACGCUGUCCAGAAGUUACCUCAGGUGAAAGGACUCCAGACUGUUGUUCCUUUGGAGGGAUUAGUAAGUAGAGACGCUCAAAAGAACGUGGAGGAAGAAGGUGUUGACAAACUUGAAGGAGAAGCAGAGAGCCUGUACAGUAUGGAGCAGGGCAGCCUUCCGUUACCUCUUACAACCCCACACGAGGCAAGAAUUUCCAACGUUGACAGUUCUACAGAAACCUUAAUGGAGAAUGAAGCAAAGCAGGAGCUCCUUCCUAAGGGUCCUUGCCACAGACCUCACCCUCUCAACAACAGUGCUGAUGAACUUUCUCGAAUGACUGAGAACAGGCCAGAGGAGGGGGAGAGCCUGACAGAACUGCAAAAACUGGGAACAAAAGCACAUAGGACUUCUGGUAGCAGCACCACACACAUCCCGAUGCCUUCCCCUUGUGCCUUGCCUUUAGCUGAAUGUAAAGAUGAGAUUGUGUGUAACGGAGAGCUGGAGCCUGAGAACAAGAUGACGGAGAAGCCCGCGGGGUUCAGCCUCCCCCAGAAAUACCAGGGGACAAAUGGACACUGCGUGAACGGGGAGGAGGGGCGGCUCAAAGCCUCCCUGAGCCGGCAGGUCUCGGCGGCCAGCUGCAGUUCCGCGCAGCUCCACUUGAGGAACCUGCACCAGAAAUGGCUCUUCAGUCACCUGGGUAAGCAGCAGGCGGCCAGCAGCCCGGACCAGCCUGCCAGGAGUCACCUGGACGACGACGGGAUGCCCGUCUACACCGACGUCAUCCAGCAGCGCCUGCGCCAGAUAGAGACUGGCCACCAGCAGGAGGUGGAGACCCUGAAGAAGCAAGUGCAGGAGCUGAAGAGCCGGUUGGAGAGCCAGUUCCUGAACAGCUCCUUGCGCCUCAACGGCGACUAUGGAGACGAAGUGACUUCUAUACCCGACUCGGAAAGCAAUCUGGAUCAGAACUGCUUGUCUCGCUGCAGCACAGAGAUUUUCUCUGAAGCCAGCUGGGAGCAGGUGGAUAAACAGGACACAGAGGUGACACGGUGGCUCCCAGACCACCUGGCCGCCCACUGCUAUGGCUGUGACAGCACCUUCUGGCUGGCCAGCAGGAAGCACCACUGCAGGGACGUUGAACGUGUUGAUCAGAUCUGGUGA